AUGUGGGACAAGCAUUACUCAGAAAACGUGUGUCUGUUUGACUUUGAUGGUCAAGGUGCAGUUCUCGCUCACGCAUAUUAUCCCAACAAAGAUCUCAAACAUGUAUCUGAGGUAUAUAUCGACAAUGCGGAACAGUGGCAUGUGGAGCUCACUGAAAAUCCAUGGAAUAAGGAUCAUCUGUUGCAUACGCUGACUCAUGAGAUCGGCCAUGCAAUAGGAAUGGAGUACAGUCUGCACACCGAUUCGGUAAUGUACGCGUUUAUGCCUAUUAAACAGUGGCCUGUUACGCUCAGCUUGAAUGAUGUUCUGGCUAUGCAAAACCAUUACGGACCUAACUCGAAUGCACCUGAACUACUACCGGUUUCUACAUUUGCCCUUCUGACGAUCGCGCCGUCUACGACGACAACGACGGCCGUCGCUGUCGCGUAA